AUGGACUCGGAGUCUAUUCCCGGGGUUUCGGAUGAGGCGUUGGGUGAAUUUGACUUGGGCUUGGACUUGGAUUUGACGGGGCAAGAUGCUGAAUUGCAUACUGGGUUGGAUGAAGAGUAUUCAUUUACGAUGGAGACGCCCGUGUGUUCUGGGAAGCGCGGUCUUGAUUCUCCGUGGGAAUUGUCGGUCAGUAAGAAGCAGAUGGUGGAUUGUCGGUCGGAUCUUGGUAGGGCUCGGAAAUGA